AAUGUUAUCAUUCGAGAAAAACGAUCGUCAAAUGUACCCAUUCAUAAAAUUCAACGAUCAUGUUUAGACAUGUUCAUCGUUCAUCGAUUAAAAUUGUCACACGAAAUCCUUGGUUUCGAUGUGUUCAACAACGAUAUAAAUCCGAUAUCCAAUCAGAUCUUCAACUAGAACAACGUGAUCAAGUUUAUUGGAUACGUCUGAAUCGUACUAAACAAUAUAAUGCCAUAUCCUUAGAAUUGUAUGAUCGAAUAGCAAAAACUUUACAACAAAUUGCUAAAAAUGACCAAGUUAAAUUGGUUGUUUUGACCGGAAAUGGGCCAUAUUUUUCAAGUGGUAAUGAUCUAAAAAAUUUUUCGAGAACCGAUAUGGAACGAACUGAAUUGAUGAAAUAUAUGGUUAAAUCAUGUCAAGAAUUUGUUGGAACGGUUAUUGAUUUUCCAAAACCUUUGAUUGCAGCUGUCAAUGGUCCUUCGUUCGGUAUAAUGUUCACUAUUUUAGGUUUAUUCGAUUGUUUGAUAGCAUCGGAUCGAUCAUAUUUCAUUAGUCCAUUUAGUUCGUUAGCUAUAUCUCCGGAAGGUUGUUCAACAUAUACAUUUCCACGAAUAUUUGGUCCAUCACUUGCAUCGGAAUUACUUUAUUUUAAUCAUCAACUUAAUGUGAAUGAUGCAUAUCGUUUAGGUUUUGUAUCACGAAUCAUACCAACUGAUCAAUGGGAUAAUCAUUUGGAACAAUGGAUUUAUGGUGAACAAGGAUUAGUAAAAACAUGUUAUGCUAAUUCAAUGAUAAAUGCAAAAUCAUUGGUUCGAAACAAUCAGAUUCGUAACGAACUUCAUCAAGCUAACAAACGUGAAUGUGAAUUACUUUUACAACAUUUUCUUUCCGAUGAAUGUACGGUUCGAUUGCAACGUUUUUUCUCAAGAAAUAAAUGAAACAAAAAUUUUUAAAAA